AUGGGCGCAGGGAACACACACAACGACCAAACAGACUUGCUACCCACUGCAGCGUUUCACACUGGGUCCCGGAAGAAGACCAUUUACAACCGGAAGUCACCGAAAUGUCAGAAGGAAAUCGAACAACGUAUGUGCGUGUUCUGUGAAAAAACCCAUCAGGGUGAAUGCAAAACAACAGCAGUCUCACCGGUGUGCGCCGGCGGACGGUACGUUGAGGCCAAUAUACUCAUGGACGAAGGUGCGCAGAGAUCAUUCAUUACGCAGAAGUUAGCCGACAAGCUGCAGUUGCAACAUGACGGAACUGACGUCAUCAACUUGUCAACUUUUGGAGAUCUCGCACACAGCGUCCGGCGUCUUCAUACAGCAACCAUCAAUAUCGUGGCAACAGAUGGAUGCAUGAUUCCCAUUCGGCAGAUCGUGGGAGACCAGGUAGUACGAGGCAAUGGUCCUACAGCCGUCAGCUCUCGCAUCGGCUAUUUCCUGUCAGGGCCACUUCCGGAAAGCGCAAAUCAUGGAACGAGCGUUAUGGAUGUUAUCACUGCACAUGUAGCUUCAGAUGUAUCACGCUUCUGGGAUAUUGAGACGUUAGGCAUCAAACCGGAAGACGCAGAACAGGCAUGCGCAGUCGACAUUAUGAAAAGCUACCAAGAUACGUGUUUAACAUUUUCAGACGGUAAAUACACAGCAAGAUUGCCAUGGAAAGAGGAACACGCUACUCUACCUACAAAUUACGAAAUAGCAAGGAAGAGAACAGAAAGUAGCAUAAGAAGACUUAGUAAAGACCCAGCAACACUUGCCUGUUAUAGCAAUAUCAUAAAUGACCAAGAGAGAUGCGGAUUUAUUGAACGGGUCGAAAACGAUAGCACAUCGGCUCGUAUUCACUAUAUUCCUAAUCAUGGGGUUAAAAAGGACUCUGCUACAACUCCAAUUAGAAUUGUUUACGAUUGUAGUUGUCGACAAGUAACCGGAAGUGCCAGUCUCAAUGAUUGUUUAAUGUCAACGCCACCGGAACUCAAUGAUCUGACACUGCUUCUGAUGAAGUUUCGAAUAGGACAGUACGGUGUUGUCUCUGACAUAGAGAAGGCAAUCCUUAACGUUAUGCUACAUGAAGAUGAUCGUGAUGUCACAAGAUUCCUUUGGCUGUCGGACCCUACAGACCCAUGCAGUUCACUGACGACAUACCGUUUCCGAGCUGUUUUAUUCGGAGCAACGUGUUCCCCAUUUAUUUUAAGCGCAACAAUUUUGAAGCACUUGACCCUGAACAAAGACAACACAGCUGCGAGCACAAUCUGCAAUGACCUAUACGUCGACAACGUCGUUUCAAGUUUCACAUCAGAGACUGAUGUACUGAAGUACUUCCGCCAGGCACGUGAGUUGAUGGCAGCCGGCGGCUUUAACCUGAAAUCAUGGACGUCAAAUUCAAGCAAACUGAGGACUAUGGCAGAAGCUGAAGGUGUCGUAGACAGGGAUGCUGUGAUAAAGGUGUUAGGUUUGCUUUGGGAACCGGAAAUAGACCAGAUGUCAUUUGUCAUGCGCUCCAUAAAUUCCAAGGAAAAGGCUACUAAGCGUCGAAUUUUACAGCAGACGUCGACGAUUUAUGACCCGCUUGACAUGUUAGCCCCAGUCACCAUUCGUGCAAAGUUGCUGAUUCAGGACCUAUGGAAGCGGAAGUAUGCGUGGGACACACCAAUUCCGGAACGUGAACAAAACACCUGGCUACACAUCGCAGAAGACUUAAAUGAAGCUAUGACGACAUCGUUACCGAGACAGUAUUUUCCGGACAACCCACCGAACAUGGUCGAUGAAGAUUACGUGUUACACGUGUUUGUUGACGCCAGUACACGUGCGUACGGCGCAGUCGCAUACCUGAACACAUCUUCGAAUUCAGCGUUCGUCUUUGCCAAGAACUGA